GCAAGCACAACUAAAUAAAUAAUAAUAAAAAUGUUUUGGCAAGUGGGCUAUGUGGCGUGUGGCAUGCUGCUGCUGCAGCUUGUGGCCAGUGUGCAUGUUAGUGCCUAUAAAAAGUUUGGAAGCAGUUGCCACGACUUGGACUGUGGACCAAUGGAGCGCUGUGUGCUGGCGCAUAUAGCCUGCGAGCAUGAUCAGCGCGAGAAUGAACAUUGUGGUCAAUAUCCCAAAUGUGUGGAGCAUUCCUACAGUUCGGCCCGGGCACGUCGCUCGCCUCAACCGCCGUACAUGUUUCCAGCACCACCACCACAACAACCACUACCACGGCAAGCACCAAUGCCAAUUGCACCAGGCCCAGUUGCUCCAGCUCCGUACUUCAACACAGCCUAUCCCAACAAUAUGUACUACAAUCCGCCACGUGGGCGUCAGGCAAACUCACCCUACACCCAAAUGCAACCCUACGGCAACACUGCUUAUCCCAACUAUUUGUACUACAAUUCGCGCCAGGCAAAUUCACCCUACACCCAACCCUAUGGCAAUUAUUACCAACCCACGCCCAGCUACUACUCCUACUACAUCAAUUUGAAUUUGCCCUUUUCGGGGUAUCCUGCACAAGCUCAACGCUGAACCAAACAAUUCUUCUGCUACCUUUCGCAGAUUCUUUUGCCACCCACAACGUCUCCAUACGACAAGU